AGUUUUGGAAGAUUUAACGGAUUUUUGGAACCAAAUCAAUAAUCAAUUCAAAAUUUUUGUUGCUAACCAAACAUAUUAUCGUAAGAGAACGUUUUCAUUAUAAAAACUGCAUUACUCUACUCAAUUUACUCGUUUCAAAUAAAAAUAUUCAACCAUGUUCCCCCCACCAUUGUGGUCAACCAAUCAUAACGAUAUGUCAUUAAUUGUCAACUGUCAAAAAUAAAACGUGCUUUUUGUGUAAUUUAUAAACAAAAAAGUCAAAUUAAAUAAUUAAAUUAGGUUGAGAUGUCAGAACAAUACAAGAUAUUACAUCCCGUCAAAUACUAUAGGGACUAUUUGGCCCAUAAAAUUCGUCCUGAUGGGCGCGAAUUUGGUGAAUAUAGACCCAUCGUCGUUAAUUUGGGUUCAAUUUCAACAGCUGAUGGGUCUGCGAUAGCCAAAGUUGGUCGUACGACAGUGGUUUGUGGGAUUAAAGCUGAGUUGUGUCAGCCCAAGGCUGAGACUGCAAACGAGGGUUUUUUAAUCCCAAAUGUCGAAUUACCACCUUUGUGUUCUUCAAAAUUUCGACCAGGACCCCCAACUGAACAAGCCCAAGUGGCUACCCAGUUAGUUGCUGAUAUUUUAAAAAACUCUGAUUGUUUAGAUUUAAAAACUUUAUGUAUAUUUCCAGACAAAUUAGCUUGGUGUUUAUAUGCUGAUUUAAUUUGUUUGGACUUGGAUGGGGCUUUGAUUGAUGCGUGUGUUAUUGCAUUAAUGGCUGCACUCAAGUCAGUUACUUUGCCUGGGGUGGAGUAUGAUCCAGCCCUUGAUAACAAGCAAGUGAAUGUGCAAGAUAGGAAAGCCUUAAACGUUGCCAACAUACCCAGUUCAACAACUUUUGCAGUGUUUGAUGACAACAUUUUUAUAGACCCAACAGUAGAAGAGGAGGAUUUAAGUACAGCAUUGGUAACAAUUGUGGUCAAGGAAGAAGAGUUGUGUUUUGUCCACAAACCUGGUGGUAGUAUGUUGACAGAAGAACAAUUACUAAACUGUGUGGAAGAAAGUAAAAAACGAGCAACUGUGAUUGAAGAAAUUAUAGAAACAGCUUUUAAAAGUUUAUAAUAAAAACAUUCUUUUAUAAAUG